AUGAUACCUCCAACAGACUUCACAAGCCAAGGUGUCCUCGGAAGUCCACAGGACGGUCUUCGCACACCAACGGGCAGCCAGAUGCUGGCCAACCCACUGCUCAACCUCAACAACACCGGCCGCACCAACUUCACCAACAAACAGCUUACAGAGCUGGAGAAAGAAUUCCACUUCAACAAAUACCUUACCAGAGCACGGAGGAUAGAAAUAGCCUCCGCUCUACAACUGAAUGAGACCCAAGUAAAAAUAUGGUUCCAGAACAGAAGGAUGAAGCAAAAGAAGAGGAUUAAAGAAGGUCUAAUUGUAGCUCCCGAGGUGACUCCAUCAACCGCUUCCCACUCAAACACCAUCGGAUCAUGUGAAAAUAGUCGAGAGUCAAGUUAA